AAAAAAUUUGAUUUAUAUUAGGCAACCAUUUCUAAUAGAAAUGGUUGCCUUAAAAUAGAACUUGUUUUAUAAUAGGCAACCAUUUCUAAUAGAAAUGGUUGCCUAAUAUUAACCCUAGAUCUACUAUCUAGAUCAAAAUCGCAUCCCAUCAGAUCUAAAGCAAAUUCAUCCACAGUCGCUUCGAUCCGCCGUCGCACCAAUCGUCUCACCGCCACCGUUGCCACCCAUAGCCACAACAUCCACCGCCACCACCGUUCACUGCCACCACCUCGACGUCGCGCACCGGCCACCACCGUCGACGCACAUCCACCGCGACGGAGGGAGCUUGCGAUGGAGGUCUGCGAUGCGACACAGAGAGCAUGUCUUCUCUCUAAUCCCACUCUCUCUCAAAAUCCCCUCCCUUCUGCGACGCGACAGGGAGCUUGCAAUGGAGGUCGUCAACCGCUCAGAUCUAGACGGCUCUCGUCCCCUGCGUUCUGGAAUUCCGUAGCGCGUAACUUCUCCGGCCGCAUGGUUCCGACGAGGAUUCGAUCGGUUAGCUUCGCAGCUCUUUGUUUGGUUCUGAUCGCGAUUCCUUUUCUGGCAUCGGAAGCUUUGAUCGACGGCGAGGAUGUCAAUCCCCCUUACCCCAAAGCCAUAUCUGUCAAAAGGUGCAUCAAUGUCAAAGUACAGAGAUUUAGAAGAAGAAACAUUUGUAUUACUUUGGAAAUUGGAGAUGAUAUCCUAAGACUGUACCAGUUAAUCCCAAGCCAUUCUUGAACAAUUUGACUGGAAAGCCU